CCACAGACAGACUCACAGACCUCGUAUCGUUUCUCCCCCAUUCUCUCUCUCUCUCUCUCUAUCUCUCUGCGCGCAUUUCUCCAAAAAACGCCCUUAAACCCUCCGCCUCAGCCGCCGGCCGCCGCCGCCGCCAUGCGCCGCCUCGUCCAAGCUCUCCGCCCGCUCCAGACUCUAACCUCCUCUACGAUCCCCGUCCCUCUUCCCAUCCUCCGCCUCCUCUCCACCUCCUCCUCGUCCUCCUCCGCUGCCGCCUCCUCGGACUCCGAAUCCCCGGCCGCCGACUUCGACAGCGCCGACUUCUCCCUCACCACCCCGGACCCCACCCCCGUCCGCGCCCACACCCCCGUCUCCGCGCUGCGCAAGCUCCGGUUCGACCCCUCCCUCCGCGCGCGCGCCGACGAGGCGCUCUUCGGCGAGACGAAUGCGGUAGAUGCGGUGGAGGAGGAGCGGUCGCGGGAGGUGGCGCUCGCGCUGCUCGAGGCCGCGCUGGAGCCGCCCGACGAGGACGAGGAGGAGGGGCCCGGGGAGGUCAGGGAGGAGGACCAGAUGUCGCUCUCCGUCGGGAUCGUCGGCGCGCCAAACGCCGGCAAGUCGUCGCUCACCAACACCGUGGUUGGAUCAAAAGUGGCUGCAGUCUCCCGCAAGACAAAUACGACAACUCAUGAAAUUUUGGGGGUGCUGACAAAAGGGAAAACUCAGAUAUGCUUUUUUGACACCCCAGGGCUCAUGUUAGGGCACCAUGGAUUUCCUCAUAGGGAUGUCACAGUUCGUGUGGAGAGUGCCUGGAGUUCAGUUAAUCUCUAUGAUUUACUAAUAGUCAUGUUUGACGUGAACAGGCAUCUUAAGAUGCCUGAUUCGAGAGUGAUAAAGUUAAUAAAACGAUUGGGUGCCGAAGUAAACCCAAACCAGAAACGCAUAUUAUGCAUGAAUAAGGUUGACCUAGUGGAAGACAAAAAGGACUUGCUUAAAGUUGCAAAGGAAUUUGAAGAUCUUCCUGGAUUUGAAAGGUACUUCAUGGUAUCUGGACUAAAAGGCAAAGGAGUGAAAGACCUAGUACAGUACUUGAUGGACCAGGCAGUGAGAAGACCUUGGGACGAGGAACCAACCACAAUGACUGAAGAAGUAAUGAAAACCAUAUCACUGGAGGUCGUACGAGAGAAGAUGCUAGAUCAUAUUCACCAAGAAAUACCAUAUGUAAUUGAGCAUCGGCUGAUGGAUUGGAAAGAGCUAAAAGAUGGUUCUCUUAGGGUAGAACAGCACUUCAUUGCACCUAAGCAAAGCCAACGUCAGAUUCUUGUCGGGAAAAAUGGCUCCAAGAUCGGGAGAAUCGGUAUUGAAGCCAAUGAAGAAUUGAGGUCCAUAUUCAAGAGAGAUGUCCAUUUGAUGCUCCAAGUUAGAGUUGCUAAGAAGAGAAGUUCUUGAAUGGAUGAUCACAAGUUCUAGUGCAUGUAUAGACAGCAUCGGGACUGAGAUCUGCACCACGGUGAUGGCAAAAUAUCCAUUGGGAUUACGGCUUGAAUGAACUAACCUGUCACACGAGCCCGUGCGUGAAAGAAGGAAUUAACCUAUGUCUAUGCAUUCAAUCAUGAGCUGGUUAUUCCUGACGACAAGCCUCGCUAGAUAAUAUUUUGCACGGCGUAUGGAAAUGGCUUGUGAAGUGGUGGCCUGUGCACCCGGAGUAUGUUGUGUUUGCGAAAUACAGAUGUAUGAAUGGCUACAGAUUACUGAUAUUAUUAUAUAGUUCUUUGUGGUUCAAAUAAAUUGUUGAAAUAGCCUGUGAUCUGACGACAAUGAAGACACAGUUUUGUGCUCCUACUUGCUUUCAGAAUCUUGUUCAAACUAGCUUUCCAGAUUGUUCAAGACAUGUUGUGCUAUACUACAGAUAGCUUCUGUUA